AUGUCAUUUAAACAAGAACGUUUUCUUAUUGAAGCUGUUGAACAAUGUGAUUUAUUUAAAAUCAUAUCUCAUAUUAAAUAUGGUCAUAAUAUUCAUAUACAAAAUAAUCUUGGACAAAAUUUAUUAGUACAUACCCUUAAACAACAAAAUCAUCAAAAUCGUAUAUUUUCAAGAAAACGUUUUCAAGUUUUUCAAUUUUUAAUUACAAAUUGUAAACUUGAUCCACAUGUAUUUGAUUAUUGUGGUAAAAAUGUUUUUAAUUGGGCAGCAAAUCUUAAUUGUACACAAGAAGCACUUUAUUUACUUCAUUCAUAUCCAGGUGAUAUUGAUAUACUUAUACGAGAUCAAUCUGGUUUGUGUUCAUUACAUUAUGCUAUUGAAUAUGGAAAUGAAAUUCUUGUACAUGCUAUUGUUAAUUAUCUUGUACAUUAUCGUAUAAGAUUUGAUAUAAAAGAUAAUUAUAAUAAUACACCCGAAGAAUUAGCUAGAAAAUUAGGUUAUGAUUAUUUAGCUGAAUAUUUAGCUGAAACAUGUCGAGCAACAAUAUUUAUGUCAAAAGAAAUACCAUUUCAACAACAACGACCAACAACUAAUAAAAGUAAAGGAACAGUAGCUACAAAAAAUAGUAUGGCAUCAUCAUCAUCAUCAUCAAUGACGGAUUCAUCAGAAAUUUUCAAUUUAUUAGAAACAAAAAUUGAAGCAGCAAGAUAUUCGAACGAUUGGAAAACAGUUGCAUCAUUAAGAUUAAAUAAAAAACCUUCAAAUGAAAAAAAAUCUAAUCAAAUAGUAAUACCAACUAUUCAACUUAAUCGAUUACCAGCAUCAUCUAUUCUUCCUAAAAUUUCUUCAAUUAAUAAUAAUAAUAAUACAUUAUCAUCAAAUAAUAUUUCAGUUCAUUUAUUACAUUUAAUAGAACCACAAAUAUGUUCAUCAUAUCGUCAACCAUUUAUACCUUAUUAUCAACCAACAAUUAGUUCAACUAUUGUUCAUCUACCAUCAUCAAUAUCACAUCGUAAACAAUCAGCAGCAUCAUCAGCUCGUAUGCCAUCUGUAAUGAAGAAUCGUAAACGUGAUUCAAAUGCUAGUCAAUUUAAUGGUUCAGUAACACAGGAUGGACAGGGUCGUCAAAUUUUAUCAUCUGUUUCUAAACAUCGUAAAUCAUCUAUUACUCAAAAUCAAGCAGUUGAUAAUGCUGGUUUAACAAAAAUACGUUCAAAACAUAUGGUUACAGUUCAGAAUUAA